UUUGCGUCUGUCUUCUCAUUUUCACCCAAGGUUCUUCAAGCAAGAUGGGGUGUGGUUGCCAUUGUAGGUCUUCGUUUUCCGUUUGUGGCAGAGACAGUCGUACUCUUACUGGGAAUGGCGACUAUAAUCUGGAUGGAAGGCCAUUUCUGGUAUCACUUGGUCACAAGAACGCACCUUCUUCGCCGCUAACGAGUUCUUCCACCACCACGCCGCCUCAUCCUCAAGUCCAACACGUAAAGCGAAACCCUUUUCCUUUUCCUCUUCAGCUUAGCGGUCCCGGUUCCGGUGGUGGCGGCAACAACAAUAACAAUAAUCGCUUCAACAAUUGGGGGUCUUGGUGGUGGGGUGACGAUAGCCAGCACCACAAUGAUUCUUCUGAUUCGUCUCACGCUUAUACCUUUCUCUCCUUAUUCGUCUGCUGUUCGGUUUCGGCAGCACUUGCCUUAGCACGAGAAGGAGAGGCUGGUAUGGUAUGGGAGGUCAAGGGAAGCCAAUGGAUUAGACUUUUUCCUGAUUUCUCAAAGGACGCUUUUGUUCCCGAAACUUAUUCAUUGUCUCUGGCUAUUACCAAGAAUUUAUGGGUGAGUUGCAGAGAUGUUAUCAAGCGUUUGAUGCUUCCUGAGGGAUUUCCUCAAAGCGUCACCAGCGAUUACUUGGAUUACUCGCUCUGGAGAAGCCUGCAGGGUGUUGCCAGCCAAAUCAGCGGCGUCCUGGCCACCCAUUCCUUGCUCUACGCUGUUGGAUUGGGGAAAGGAGCCAUCCCCACCGCGGCUGCGGUCAAUUGGGUACUCAAAGAUGGAAUUGGCUACUUGAGCAAAAUUAUGCUUUCCAAGUACGGCCGCCAUUUUGAUGUCGAUCCUAAAGGAUGGAGAUUGUUCGCCGAUCUUCUGGAGAAUGCCGCCUUCGGUUUGGAGAUGUUAACCCCUGCGUUUCCCCAUCUCUUUGUUCCCAUUGGUGCUGCUGCGGGUGCUGGACGCUCUGCAGCUACUCUGAUUCAGGCUGCUACCCGGAGUUGCUUCUAUGCUGGUUUUGCUGCCCAAAGGAACUUUGCUGAGGUUAUUGCUAAAGGUGAAGCUCAAGGAAUGGUGAGCAAAGCCAUUGGCAUCAUGCUUGGUAUAGCAUUGGCUAAUUGCGUGGGCUUGUCUAUCCCACUUUCCCUCACUUCUUUCAGUGUGGUGACAUGGGCGCACAUGUUUUGCAAUUUGAAAUCAUAUCAAUGCAUUCAACUAAGGACCUUAAAUCCGUAUCGUGCAAGCUUGGUUUUUAGUGAAUAUCUCCUUAGCGGCCAAGCAUCUCCGAUCAAUGAGGUCAAUGAUGAAGAGCCCCUUUUUCCAGCUGUGCCAUUUCUUAAUAUAAAAUCUGAAAACAGAGCACAAUCAGUUUUACUUUCCUCGGAAGCAAAAGAUGCAGCUGCUGAAAUUAAGCAUCGACUGCUACUGGGGUCAAAGCUCAGUGAUAUUGUCAACAACAAGGAGGAUGCUCUUGCACUGUUCAAUUUGUAUAGAAAUGAAGCCUAUAUUUUGACUGAGCACGAGGGUAAAUUCUGUGUGAUGCUUAAAGAAAGUUCAUUGCCACAAGACAUGCUCAAGGCGUUGUUCCAAGUCAAUUAUCUGUACUGGUUAGAGAGGAAUGCAGGAAUCAGAGUGAGGCGUGCCUCUACUGACUGCAGCCCCGGGGGCACCUUACAUUUAUCUCUAGAUUAUGUGCAAAGAGAAUUCUGUCAUGUAAAAAGAGACAGUGAAAGUGUUGGUUGGGUUACUGAGGGACUUAUUGCUAGACCUUUACCCAAUAGAAUCCGCGAAACUUAUGUUGCCUCAUGAUCCGGCCUGUCUUUGGAGUCUUCUCAAGCAAUCACUUGUCAAGCUUUUGAUGAGCAAAAGAAUGUCAGAAGGAGCUGCUUGGAACUUUGUUGCCUGUGUCCUCAAAACUCACUGCAAAAUUUGCCCCUAAACUGGAGAUCUCAAUGGUUUUAAGAUGUGAAAGGGAAAGAAAAAAAAAGUAGAGCGGCCAAACUAUUCAUUGAAUUUUCUGAUCUCCUAACCCAAAGCUCAGGACAACGAUUUGAUAGCUGACUGCUGGCCCAUGUCCAUGGCAUUAUCAAGGUUUCUGUAGAUUUUUCAGUUUUAGAAAUUGAGAACUGUUCUGUUGAUUAUUGAUUCCCCCAUUGAAUUGGAGCAAGCUACUUGCAUGUGUACAAGCCAACUUUUUAGGGCAAGAAUGUGCAAGGAUUUUACCUCA